AUACAGGGUCCACACUGGUUCAUUAUACCCUGCUGUAGUCUAUCAUGAUAUCAUAAAUUAACAUUCAUAGAAAGUUAGAAAUCACAGGAAAAGCUAAAGAUUUUUAAAGAACACUGUAUUUCAUAAAAAGAGAACCAGUAGCAUCACAAAAUGGCUGUUAAGAGUCAUAUAUGUCUGCUGGGACUCAUCAUUCUCUGCUCACUUCUCACAGGUACAGCUGGAGAGCCUCAUGUGUUCAGUAGUUCAGGUGAAAAUGUCACUCUGGCCUGUAUUAAUGCUCUUUCUGACUGCACCUCAACUACAUGGACCUACACCAAACCUCGGACAUCAGUUACAUUAGAACUGAUUCAUGGAGGAAUAAAGAAUAAAAACAUAGAGAGAGCUGAGAGACUGAGCCUGGGGUCUGACUGCUCUCUGAACAUCUAUAAAACAACAGAAGAAGAUCAUGGACUAUACACCUGCCAACAAUAUGUCAAUGGACAAAAACAUGGAACUGAUGCACAGAUUUUUCUACAUGUUCUGCAUGUUUCUCCAUCAUCCACACAGACUGAGAUGAGAUCAGGCAGCUCUGUGACUCUCACCUGUCAGUUGUUUUCAUAUGAAGACUGUGAUUAUUUGAGCCGUAUUGAGGAUCUUCAGCUGUUCUGGGUGAAUCAGGCUGAUGUUAAUCUACAGACAGACUCCAGAUAUCAGAUAUUAUCAUCAGGACAAUGUAUCAAGACUCUGACUACAACACUCCUGAAUGAAGACAACAACACAGAGUUGAGAUGUUUGGUUAAAAAGAGGAAUGAGAUUAAGACCUCAGCCAGCUAUACUGUCAUGUUUAGAGGUACAGCUGGAGAGACUCAUGUGUUCAGUAGUUCAGGUGAAAAUGUCGCUCUGCCCUGUAUUAAUGCUUUUUCUGACUGCACCUCAACUACAUGGAUCUACAAUAAACAUACAUCAUCAGCUGCAGUAGAACUGAUUCAUGGAGGAAUAAAGAAGAAAAACAUAGAGAGAGCUGAGAGACUGAGUCUGGGGUCUGACUGCUCUCUGAACAUCUAUAAAACAACAGAAGAAGAUCAUGGACAAUACACCUGCCAACAAUAUGUCAAUGGACAAAAACAUGGAACUGAUGCACAGAUUUUUCUACAUGUUCUUCAUGUUUCUUCAUCAUCCACACAGACUGAGAUGAGAUCAGGCAGCUCUGUGACUCUCACCUGUCAGUUGUUUUCAUAUGAAGACUCUUGUGAUAGUUUGUUCCAUACUGAGGAUCUUCAGCUGUUCUGGGUGAAUCAGGCUGAUGUUAAUCUACAGACAGACCCCAGAUAUCAGAUAUUAUCAUCAGGACAAUGUAUCAGGACUCUGACUACAAUACUCCUGAAUGAAGACAACAACAUAAAGUUGAGAUGUUUGGUUAGAAUAAAGAAUGAGAUUAAGACCUCAGCCAGCUAUAUUGUGAAGUUAGGGGGUAAGAAAUCAUAAAAUAACUAAGACGACUCUCAUAAAUGAGUUGUAAUUGUGUAUAGUUUAGUUACGUUCAAGACAAAUGUUAAUUAAUAAAGAAAACGUUUUAUACGUUUAAUGCUGACA